AUGCUCGCAGAAGAGGUUUACGUUCAAGCGCCGAACGUGCGGUACACGCCCGACUACAUAGAAGCGGACGUCGACUACGAAACGAAUGCCGUGCGUUUGGAGCGAAACAGUGGUCGUGCGAUUGUGCGGCCUUUAUCGGUCAAGUAUACUUUCCGCACGCAGCGUCGUGUACCGAGGGUGGGUCUUAUGCUGGUGGGCUGGGGUGGCAACAACGGCAGUACCGUCACUGGUGCAGUCAUUGCGAACCGCGAGGGCAUCACCUGGCGUACGAAGCACGGCAUUCAGACUCCGAACUAUUUCGGCUCUCUAACACAGUCCGCCACCGUUCGGCUGGGUAGUCUUUACGAAAGCGACGGGCGAUUUGAGGAGGACGUAUUUGUGCCUUUGCGCGCCCUAUUGCCGAUGGUGAAUCCCAACGACCUGGAGAUUGGUGGCUGGGAUAUCUCCAGUGCGAACCUCGCAGAAGCGAUGCGUCGCGCGCAAGUACUUGACUACGAUCUGCAGCUGCAGCUCGAGCCGUACAUGGCCCCUUUGAAACCUUUACCAUCGGUGCUGUAUGGGGAUUUCAUUGCGGCGAACCAGGCGUCACGUGCCGACAAUCUGAUCCCGGGCACCAACAAGUGGGAACAUUUGGAGAAAAUCCGCGCAGAUAUUCGCGCUUUCAAAGCCGAGAGGAACGUGGAAAAGGUCAUCGUGCUGUGGACGGCCAACACGGAACGCUACGCUACUGUCAUGGAGGGGGUGAACGAUACCGCGGAGAAUCUUCUGCACGCAAUUGCUGCGAGUCACUCGGAGAUAUCGCCGAGCGCGCUAUUUGCCACAGCAUCAAUUCUGGAAGGCUGCUCGUUUAUUAACGGUUCUCCGCAGAACACGUUUGUGCCCGGGGUUAUCGACCUCGCUGUGCAACGUGACGUCUUUAUUGGUGGCGAUGAUUUCAAAUCGGGUCAAACAAAGCUGAAAUCAGUUCUCGCUGAUUUUCUGAUCGGUGCCGGUAUCAAACCCCUCUCGAUAGCCUCCUAUAAUCAUCUCGGUAAUAAUGAUGGAAAGAAUUUAUCGGCACCGAGCCAGUUUCGUAGCAAGGAAAUAUCCAAGUCAAGCGUUGUGGAUGACAUGGUUGCCAGUAACGGGGUUCUCUACAGGCCCGGUGAGAGUCCGGACCAUUUAGUUGUCAUCAAGUAUGUGCCGGCGGUUGGCGAUAGCAAACGUGCGCUCGACGAGUACGAAAGCGAAAUCUUCAUGGGCGGACGGAACACCAUUGUCGUUCACCAGACCUGUGAGGACUCGCUUCUAGCGGCGCCACUUAUCCUCGACCUGACCAUUCUCGCAGAGCUUGCAGAGCGUAUUGAGAUGAAGAGAGCCGAUGAGGAAAAAUUUGAGCGUUUCCAUCCCGUGUUGUCGCUACUGAGCUAUUUCCUCAAGGCACCCGUUGUGCCAGAGGGCACUCCUGUGGUGAAUGCGCUAGCACGUCAGCGCCUCUGCAUCGAAAACAUUCUCAGAGCUUGCAUCGGACUUGCACCAGAAAACGAGAUGCGUUUGGAGCAUAAGCGGCGGCCCCGCUCGCUUGUUGAACGAAAGCUGCUCGUGCCCAACUAG